AAUAUUUGUUAUAAUCAUUUUGAUCCACAGUAUUGGCAUUUCGUCACUCAGAGAAUUAAAAAAGGAAUUGAUAUAUUCUCAUUAUGAAUAUUUAAAUAUUUUAAGGAGCAACAGUUUAAAGCUAAUUGACAAGAAUAUGAUAUAACGGUGCUAUAAUGAACAUGACAUUUGCGGAUUCACUCUAUGACAAUUGACAGUGGAGAAUAUAACACGUAAAUAAUGAUAGCAUUGUAGAGUAUAGAAAAUAUAAAAUUACAUUCAGAAAAUAUAUACAAAUAUAUUCUUAAUGUUAUGCAUGACGAUGUAAAUUUUGUAAUCAACACGGAUAUUAAUGUGAAUUCUCUAUUAGAUAUAAAGCAAACAUACAAAUACGUUACUUGGAAGAUACAUUGCUCUCGAUAGGAUGGAUGUGAAUCUGAAUUCUACAGAAAUGAAUAGUACCAAUUCUUCUAAAACCGAAUCGUUAGCAAUUUAUAUAUCAGGAUGGAUAUGUGUAGCAGAAGGGAUUUUGACAGUCAUUUUCAAUGGUCUAGUAAUUAUUUUGUUAGUGAGAAGGAAUAAUAAAUCGAAUAUGUCGUUUCUUUUGAUAAACUUAGCUAUAGCAGAUUUGUCAGUUGCAUUUUUGCACGACUUUCCAAGGGCAGUACAACAACAUAAUAACUGGACAUACGGACGAUUCUUAUGUGUGUCCUUCAUGUAUACACAAGAUGUCGCUCUGUUUGCCUCGACAUUUUUAUUAGUAUCACUGAGUGUUGACCGACUUGUAGCAUUAACUCGUCCACUAUGGUCAGGUAGACAGAAGGUUUUAACAAGAUCCUGCAUGGUAUUAAUUCCUUGGAUAACAGCAAUCUAUCUCAGUACACCAAACUUAAAAAGUGGACUUUAUACCCAUCUUGGACAAAUAUGGUGCACUCCACUCUUUGCGGGGCUGUAUGGCCAGGUAUGGCUGCCAAUACAUUCGGCAUUGUUAGUGAUUAUUCCAGGACUUGUCAUGAUUACGAUUUACGGUUAUAUUGCAUAUAUCAUUUGGGUCAGAAAGAACAAUGGUUACUUAGCUACAGAUAGUGAAGCACCAGAUGCUUUAAGAACAAAUCAGUCACGAGCAUUAGAUAAUGCAAUGAAAAGAAGUAUACUCAUAACGUUUGUUGUAGGAAUAGCUUUCAUCCUAUGUUGGCUUCCAGCAUCACUGGCGACCUAUAUCAACUUCCAAACAAAACUUGGAGGAGCCUUCUACAUUAUGCAAGCUCUGUCUCCACUCAACAGCUUGAUAAAUCCAAUCAUCGUCCUUGCAAUAAACCAUAGAAUGUUUAGACCAAGACGUAAAAAAACCUUAUCAACUAAACUCACGUUGACAACGUCAAUAAAAAGUCCAGCUCGUUCAAGGCGUGAAUAUAUAUCUGCAUAAUACAAAUUAUAAACGGAAUACAAUGGGUUUUUUAUUAUACAUUUAUAUGCUAUGGAAUUUUUACUUAUCAAUUUGUAUUUGAUUACAUUGUUAUUGUUAGUUAUUAUUGUCAGAUUCCACAUACAGAAUACAAUGUUUUAUCGGUUGCUAUGGAAUUUUCAAUUAUGUCUUUUUAUUUGAUAAAUUGUUAUUUAUUGACAGUUGUUAUUGUCAGAUUACUAUAUUUCAUAGCAAAUAUUGUGUAAAACCUUAUGAACUCAAAUGGUAUUACCAUCUUGGCUAGAAUAUGAAAUGAUUAAGUGUUUUUGUAUAUGAAUGAUUUUAUAUAUUUAUGUUGUUGAGUGUCCUGGAUAUAUAUUUUUUUUUUUUUACUUCAGACUAGACUGGUUAUGAAUGUGUUAUCAUCUUUUAA